AUGAAGCGCAUGGCUGGCGGAAUGGACGGGUCAUACCUGCGGUCGCUUCCAGAGUGGGCAGAUGAUGACGAUGAGAUGGACUUUUAUUACGCCUCGUUCCCGGCCUCGCGGGAGGUCAAGCCGGUCUCGUGGGACGCCAAGAUGGCGUUCUGGACGAGAGUCAUCGAAGGCUCGGCUGCCACCGCCCGCCUGGUUGCGCUCCGCCCAUGCGAACUGGCUGUUGCUGUCGAGCGGGACGGGGUGCCGCCAGCGGGCCUAGGCAUUGUCUUUGACUCUCUGGUGCGGACUGGGGCGUGGCUGAAGGCUGCCGAGGUUGCGCCGCCGCGGGCGGUGGGUGGUGGUGGCGGCGUCGGCUCGCCGCCGCGCAGACUGGGCGGGUCCACCGCGGCGGGCUCGACGCUCUCGUGGCUGGUCGACACUUUUGUGGCGUCGCCGAUCAAGUGGGCGGCCGGGGUCUCGUCGCCGCGGCCGGGCGCGGCGGCGGUUGGCGCGGCCUCGUCGCUGCUCUCGUCGGACGAUGAGUACGUGGUAGUGGCGUUGGCGCGCAAAGCGGUCGACGCCCUGCUCGAUGCACACUACGACGCCGGACUUGUGGACGAGCUGACGCGCGUAGAAGACGCCGCGGCGGUGCUGGGCAUGGACGCACGGCAGCUGAGCCUAGCGCUCGGUUGUGUGGCGCAGAGUGGCGAGGGUCAAAGCGCCUUUGUGCGGUUUGCACUGCCGAGUGGCACGGCUUGCAUCAAGUUUGCGCCGUCGCGCGAGGCUUCGAGCCGCGUCGAGGCCACUGAGGCCGACGCCGGCACGUUGCAGCUCCGGGCGAUGGCGGGUGCGUUGCGGGCGCAGUACGACACACUCUCGGCGCGCGUCGAGGCGCUCACCGGCGAGAUCAAGGCGAUGCUGGGCACCGGGGCGCGCGAGCGGGCCAAGAUCAUGCUCCGCCGCAAAAAGGUGGCGGAGAAGCUGGCAACGUCGCGGCUGGCGGCGUGGGACAAGGUCUCGGCCAUUCUUGACUCGAUGGACGACGCCAGGACGUCGGCCGAACUGAUGGAGGCUUACAAGGUCGGGACUCGGGCGCUGGCCGCGCUCUCGCCGGACGUAGACGACGUUCACGAGACGCUCGGUGAGCUCGAGGAUGCGCUUGCCAACCAGGCCGAGAUCGAUGCGGCUAUUGCCGACUCGAAUGCCAGCGUCGCCGCCGCCGGUGUCGAGGUCUCGGACGACGAGCUGGCCGCCGAGCUCGAGGCGCUCAUUUUGGGCGAGGUGGAGCCCGACGCCGCGGCACAGUCGCAGGUGCAAGUUCAGCCACAGUCGAUGGACUCGCCGCAAUUGCCGGACAUGCCGGCCGUGCCGUCGACGCCGCUUCCUGCGGCCGCGACUGCAGCUGAUGCUGACGCGGAUGCCGAUGCGGAUGCUGCUGCCGAUGCCGAGCUGGCGCGAAUGCUUGCGCUGGCGUAG